AGGUCGCUUUAAGAAAGGAGUAGCUGUAAUCUGAAGCCUGCUGGACGCUGGAUUAGGAGGCAGCAAAAAAAGCUCUUGUACUUGCUGGAGCCCCCUCAGUGUGCAGGCUUGGAGGGACCCAGGCUGGGAGUGGAGCUGCAGCGGACCCACAGGCCCCAGGAUGCAGGUCCUUGUGCUACUCCUCUGGACGGGAGCCCUCCUCGGGCACAGCAGCUGCCAGAACACCGCCGGCAGCCCGGAGGAGGGCUCCCCAGACCCCGAUGGCACAGGGGCACCAGUGGAGGAGGAGGACCCCUUCUUCAAGGUCCCUGUGAACAAGCUGACAGCAGCAGUCUCCAACUUUGGCUAUGACCUGUACCGUGUGCGGUCCAGCAUGAGCCCCACAACCAACGUGCUCCUGUCUCCACUCAGUGUGGCCACAGCUCUCUCUGCUCUCUCGCUGGGAGCUGAGCAGCGAACGGAAUCUGUCAUUCACCGGGCUCUCUACUAUGACUUGAUCAACAACCCAGACAUCCAUGGCACCUACAAGGACCUCCUCGCAACUGUCACUGCCCCCCAGAAGAACUUCAAGAGUGCUUCCCGGAUCGUCCUCGAGAAGAAGCUGCGCAUAAAAUCCAGCUUUGUGGCACCCCUGGAGAAGUCAUACGGGACCAGGCCCAGAAUCCUGACUGGCAACCCCCGCGUGGACCUGCAGGAGAUUAACGGCUGGGUGCAGGCCCAGACGAAGGGGAAGGUCGCCAGGUCCACAAAGGAGAUGUCCGGUGAAAUCAGCAUCCUCCUUCUCGGCGUGGCCUACUUCAAGGGGCCGUGGCUAACAAAGUUUGACUCAAGAAAGACUUCCCUCAAGGAUUUCUACUUGGAUGAAGAUAGGACUGUGAGGGUCCCCAUGAUGUCAGACACUCAGGCUAUUUUACGCUAUGGCCUGGAUUCUGACCUCAACUGCAAGAUUGGCCAGCUGCCCUUGACCGGAAGCAUGAGUAUCAUCUUCUUUCUGCCCGUGAAAGUGACCCAGAACUUGACCUUGAUAGAAGAGAGCCUCACCUCUGAGUUCAUUCAGGACAUAGACCGAGAACUGAAGACUGUCCAAGCAGUCCUGACCAUCCCCAAGCUGAAGCUGAGUUAUGAAGGCGAAGUUACCAAGUCCUUGCAGGAGAUGAAGCUGCAAUCCUUGUUUGAUUCACCAGACUUUAGCAAGAUCACAGGCAAACCUAUCAAGCUUACUCAAGUGGAACACCGGGCUGGCUUCGAGUGGAAUGAGGAUGGGGCAGGAACCACCCCUAGCCCAGGGCCCCAGUCUUCCCACCCUAUCUUCCCCUUGGACUAUCACCUUAACCAACCCUUCAUCUUUGUACUGAGGGACACGGACACAGGAGCCCUUCUCUUCAUAGGCAAAAUUCUGGACCCCAGGGGCACUUAAUCCUCCAGUUUAAUGUUCCAAUACCCUAGAAGAAAACCCCAGAAGGAUGGCAUAUUAUACAUUACAUGAAGGCUGCCCCUAUAAUGUUUCAUCAAUGUAUACAAUAAAAGAGCUUUAUCCUUAA